AUGAUGCAAAAUGGACGUAUCACCCCCCCGGCCUUCAAGCUCCCGCGCUGCUCGCCCCGCGCUGGCGCCCUGCUCGUCGGCCGCCCGCAGCCGCCAUCGCAGCCUCCACUCACGACCGCGCCCACCCCGUGCCCGCUCACCGCCGGCCACCUCCCCCCCGUCAUGCCGUCCUGUUCCGACCAGCGCCCGCGCGGCCCCUGGCCGCCGGUGCUCGCGCCCGGCUGCCCCCUCCCCCACCCCGUCGCCCGGGCAGGCCACGGCCUCGGGCACGGGCACCCACGCUCCACCCCGUUUCGCCCGGUGCCCGCUAGGCCCUUUGGGCCACUGACCAUGGGGCCCCAUGCCCCCUAUUAA